GGUCACGUGAGUCUGGAGUCCUGGGCCGGAAUGGCUUCAAGCUCAGAGAUUCAAAUCAUUGCACUCUAAAGCCAAAAAGAAGACGAAUACUUGCUUGGAUUGGUUGAAUACAUUUAUAAAAAGUAAAUAUGGAAAAUGAACCAGACCAUGAGAAUGUGGAACAGAACCUUUGUGCCAAGACUACUGAAGAAGAAUUGAAUAAGUCUUUUAAUCUAGAAGCUUCACUUUCAAAGUUCUCUUACAUAGAUCUGGACAAGGAACUGGAAUUCAAAAAUGAUCUGAUUGAUGACAAGGAAUUUGAUAUUCCUCAAGUUGAUACUCCUCCAACACUGGAAAGCAUACUGAAUGAGACUGAUGAUGAAGAUGAGUCUUUUGUUCUUGAGGAUCCUACAUUGCUAAACAUUGAUACUAUUGAUUCUCAUUCCUAUGAUACUUCAUCUGUGGCAAGCUCAGAUAGUGGUGACAGGACCAACUUAAAAAGGAAAAAGAAAUUACCUGAUUCUUUUUCACUCCAUGGAUCAGUUAUGCGACAUUCACUUCUGAAGGGAAUUUCUGCCCAGAUAGUGUCUGCAGCUGACAAAGUAGAUGCUGGCUUGCCUACAGCAAUUGCAGUGUCCAGUUUGAUAGCCGUGGGUACAUCUCAUGGAUUGGCUUUAAUAUUUGGAAAAGAUCAGAAUCAAGCAUUGCGACUCUGCCUGGGUAACACAAGUGUUGGAGGUCAGUAUGGAGCCAUCUCUGCCCUCAGUAUCAAUAAUGACUGCUCAAGACUUCUUUGUGGCUUUGCUAAAGGACAGAUCACCAUGUGGGAUUUGGCGAGUGGAAAACUUCUCAGAUCAAUAACAGAUGCUCAUCCUCCAGGAACAGCAAUACUGCAUAUCAAGUUUACAGAUGAUCCAACUCUUGCCAUUUGCAACGACAGUGGUGGCUCUGUUUUUGAAUUGACGUUUAAGAGAGUAAUGGGAGUGAGAACUUGUGAAUCUCGAUGUCUGUUCAGUGGUUCCAAGGGUGAAGUUUGUUGUAUUGAGCCCCUGCAUUCUAAGCCUGAAUUGAAAGAUCAUCCCAUCACGCAGUUUUCAUUACUGGCCAUGGCAUCCUUAACAAAGAUUCUGGUCAUUGGAUUGAAACCAUCCUUGAAAGUAUGGAUGACUUUUCCCUAUGGACGGAUGGAUCCUUCUAGUGUUCCAUUGCUUGCCUGGCACUUUGUGGCUGUGCAUAAUUAUGUGAAUCCCAUGCUUGCUUUCUGCAGAGGAGAUGUUGUUCAUUUUCUACUGGUUAAGAGAGAUGAAUCUGGAGCCAUACAUGUGACUAAACAAAARCACCUUCACCUAUACUACGACCUCAUCAACUUUACUUGGAUAAACUCUCGUACAGUUGUGCUCUUAGACAGUGUAGAGAAAUUGCAUGUGAUUGAUCGGCAGACACAAGAAGAACUGGAAACAGUGGAGAUCUCAGAAGUUCAAUUGGUAUAUAACAGCAGUCAUUUCAAGUCACUCGCCACUGGUGGAAAUGUCAGCCAGGCUUUGGCUUUGGUUGGAGAGAAGGCUUGUUAUCAAUCCAUCAGUAGUUAUGGUGGUCAGAUAUUUUAUUUGGGGACAAAAUCUGUUUAUGUAAUGAUGCUGAGGAGCUGGAGAGAGAGAGUGGAUCAUCUCCUGAAACAAGAUUGUCUUACAGAAGCCUUGGCUCUUGCAUGGUCCUUCCAUGAAGGAAAAGCAAAAGCUGUAGUGGGAUUAUCAGGGGAUGCCAGUAAACGAAAGGCUGUCGUGGCAGAUCGGAUGGUAGAAAUCCUAUUCCACUAUGCAGAUAGAGCUCUGAAAAAGUGCCCAGACCAGGGGAAAAUCCAAGUGAUGGAGCAGCACUUUCAGGAUAUGGUACCUGUCAUAGUUGAUUACUGCCUUCUGCUGCAGCGAAAGGAUCUUUUAUUUAGCCAGAUGUAUGACAAAUUAAGUGAGAAUUCAGUGGCCAAAGGAGUGUUUCUGGAGUGCCUUGAACCAUAUAUUUUGAGUGAUAAAUUGGUGGGGAUCACACCCCAGGUUAUGAAAGACUUGAUUGUUCAUUUCCAAGAUAAAAAAUUAAUGGAAAAUGUGGAAUCCCUCAUUGUACAUAUGGAUAUCACCAGCCUAGAUAUUCAGCAGGUAGUUCUCAUGUGCUGGGAAAAUCGUCUAUAUGAUGCUAUGAUCUAUGUCUAUAACAGAGGCAUGAAUGAGUUUAUUAGUCCAAUGGAGAAGCUUUUCAGAGUCAUUGCUCCUCCUCUGAAUGCAGGAAAAACACUAACAGAUGAGCAAGUUGUUAUGGGCAACAAGCUUCUUGUAUAUAUUAGUUGUUGUCUGGCAGGUCGAGCCUAUCCCCUUGGUGAUAUCCCUGAAGAUCUUGUUCCCUUGGUUAAAAACCAGGUUUUCGAAUUUCUGAUUCGCCUACAUUCGGCAGAAGCAUCCCCUGAGGAAGAAAUUUAUCCUUAUGUUCGAACUUUGCUACAUUUUGACACAAGAGAAUUUCUAAAUGUAUUGGCACUGACUUUUGAAGAUUUUAAAAAUGACAAGCAAGCUGUGGAAUAUCAACAACGCAUUGUGGAUAUUUUGUUGAAAGUUAUGGUGGAGAAUUCAGAUUUUACUCCCUCACAAGUAGGGUGUCUCUUUACRUUCCUUGCUCGACAGCUUGCAAAACCUGACAAUACCUUGUUUGUGAACAGAACCCUCUUUGAUCAGGUACUUGAAUUCCUCUGUAGUCCUGAUGAUGACUCCCGACACUCUGAAAGACAGCAGGUUCUUUUAGAAUUGCUGCAGGCUGGAGGUAUUGUUCAAUUUGAAGAGAGUCGGCUCAUCCGUAUGGCAGAAAAAGCUGAAUUCUAUCAAAUUUGUGAAUUUAUGUAUGAGCGAGAACACCAAUAUGACAAAAUUAUUGAUUGCUACUUGCGUGACCCACUGAGAGAGGAAGAAGUCUUUAAUUACAUUCACAACAUCUUAUCCAUUCCUGGCCACAGUGCCGAGGAGAAGCAGUCUGUGUGGAAGAAAGCAAUGGACCAUAUUGAGGAACUUGUAUCCCUGAAGCCCUGUAAAGCUGCUGAGUUGGUUGCUACACACUUUUCUGGACAGAUUGAAGUAGUCAUUAAAAAACUUCAGAACCAGGUUUUACUUUUCAAAUUUUUGAGGAGUCUUCUUGACCCCAGGGAAGGUAUUCAUGUAAAUCAAGAAUUGCUACAAAUAUCUCCCUGUAUUACAGAGCAGUUUAUUGAGCUUUUGUGUCAGUUCAACCCAAACCAAGUCAUAGAGACACUGCAAGUCCUUGAGUGCUACCGCCUAGAAGAAACUAUUCAGAUUACUCAAAAGUAUCAACUCCAUGAAGUCACUGCUUAUUUAUUGGAAAAGAAAGGAGAUAUUCAUGGUGCCUUUCUAAUAAUGCUGGAGAGACUACAAAGCAAACUGCAAGAGAUAACAACACAUCAAGGUGAAAAAAAUACCAGAGAACUUGCCUCACUGAAGGAUGUUGAAGAUACCAUGGUAGACACAAUUGCUCUUUGCCAGAGAAAUUCACAUAAUUUGAACCAGCAGCAACGAGAGGCACUCUGGUUUCCAUUAUUAGAGGCAAUGAUGGCCCCUCAGAAGCUGUCCAGUUCAGCUGCCCCUCCUCUACUCUCUGAAGCUCUGAAGUCUUUGACCAUGCAAGUUCUAAACAGCAUGGCAGCAUUUAUUGCCCUUCCAUCAAUCUUGCAAAGAAUAUUACAGGAUCCAGUAUAUGGAAAAGGAAAACUUGGAGAAAUCCAGGGUCUUAUUCUGGGAAUGUUAGAUACCUUUAACUAUGAACAAACCCUGCUUGAAACAACAACUAGCCUUCUAAACCAAGAUCUCCAUUGGUCAUUGUGUAACCUGAGAGCUUCUGUCACGAGAGGAUUGAAUCCCAAACAGGAUUAUUGCUCUAUAUGUUUGCAACAGUAUAAGAGACGCCAAGAAAUGGCCGAUGAAAUUAUUGUCUUUAGCUGUGGCCAUUUGUAUCAUUCAUUCUGUCUACAAAACAAAGAAUGCACCAUCGAAAUUGAGGGCCAAACAAGAUGGACGUGCUACAAAUGCAACUCAAGUAAACAAGUAGGAAAACCAAGUGAGAAUUCAUCUGAAAUUAAAAAGGGAAAGAUAACACCAUCACAGGUAAAAAUGUCUCCAUCAUAUCAUCAAUCCAGAGGGGAUCCUGCUGCUAAGAAGGCAACCUCAGAACCUGUUCUGGAUCCACAACAAAUCCAGGCAUUUGAUCAGCUUUGCCAUCUGUACCGAGGGAGUUCCAGGCUGGCUCUCCUUACGGAACUCUCCCAGAAUCGCAGCAGUGAGGGCUACAGGCCGUUCAGUGGCGCCCAGAGUGGACCAGCCUUCAACAGCGUCUUUCAGAAUGAGAACUUCCAGCUGCAGCUCAUUCCCCCACCUGUAACCGAGGACUGAAAUACCCUAGAGCCCAGCCUUGGAGCCCAGAGGCAGUCCCAGGGCAGUGGGGAGGGGCCUCACCUCUGGACACUCCCAAGCAGAGGAUCCUGGAAAAACCCCACCUGUGAGCCCAUUGUAGCCUCCCCUUACACAGUGUUGUCUCGGCUUUAGUCCACCAGACUGGCCGAUUUUGUUUUGCUUGGAAUGUCACAUACCUCCAUCCAGUUUAUUAGAAAAUACAUUUUGCUCAUUGGGAUUUUCUCCCAUUUCCCAUAAAAUCUAAAGAGUCGGUGUAGUUCCAGAAGAUGGCAUUCCAGGUGGGUAGCAUGUGGGGCUUCAGCUGCUGGGAGCAGAGCUUGGCCAAGCUACAGUAUAACAGAAACAGCAAUGAAGAGAGCAGGGGCUUGGGGGCAAAGCACCCCUGUUGAUGUAUUUAUGUUAAAACCCAUGUGAGUGGGAGACACCCUCCCUAAUAAUAAAUGUCUCUGUCUUGCAGUCUGGCAGGCUGGCUGUCAGUCUGUUAACUCAUAGAGGAUGUUUAGAGCCACAGCUGAGUAGCUCUAAGGGGUCACGGACUUUAUUCAGACAAACAGCUCCAUGCAGAACCCAGCUACCCAGGUGCUCCUAUGGCAGGGGAAGGACUACUAAGGAGAGUGGGACCUGUACAGUUUUCAGUCCUGGCACUGUAUACCAUUGAAUCAGGAGCCACAGGAGAUCACUACCCAGAGACCUAGGCUCACACCUCAGAUGCUCAGACACCCUGACUCAUCAGUUUACUCAGGAAUGAUCUGGCUCUCAUGAUAGAUGCUAACCAAACCCACAGGAAGUAGAUGUAAAACUAGAUACAGAUAGUGAGUUUUAACAGAAAAUAGAUCCAUGCACAGUUGUGUUCCUGAAUGAAUCACAACUUCUUGAAGCCUCAAUUCCUUGUAGAACAGAGCAGUUAUAAAGAUGAAAUGAGAUCACACAUGCAAGCAGUUAGUAUUGGGCAGGUGCAUGGCAUAUGCCCAGAAGUGUCCACCUAGCUUUCAUCAUGGACUCCUCCCAGAGUAGCACAGGGUACUUACUGCCCCUAGAAGAGGGUAUGAAGAGGCACCACCUCCUAACAUCUGGAAGGAAGUGGGUGUCCAUGGCAGCCACAGGAGGUGUCUCAGGGACGAUAGGUAAUUUAACAAAGAGGCACAGUGAAGAAGUGGCAGAGCAGGGCUUUGAACUCAGAACUGUGAUUCCAGCGGUGCUGCCUCCCCAGUAUAUGUAUCAGAAGGUCUCCCAGGAAGCCUAAAAUUGAUGCCGAGGAGCCUUGAGAUUUUUAACUAGAACUCAGUGGUUACCCUUCUUAUUCCUAUAGUCUGAAGAACUAAAGCAGAAGGGAUAUACAAUGAAAAGAUGUAAAUUGUGAGAGCAAAACCCUAAAAUGUAUUUGGGAGGGACGGAGUAAAAGAGUUAUUUUAUGUAGUCAAGGUAAAAUGGUUACCAGCUUGAAAUAGUCUAUUUUACGAUGUUUCUUCUAAGCCUCAUGAUAACCACAAAGCAAAAUCCUAUAGUAGAUACACAAAAGAAUCAAAACAUACCCCUAGAAAAAAAUCUCUCCCAUGUUCAUUGCAGUGUUAUUCAUAACACUCUAAAUAUAGAAUUAACCUAAGUGUAUCUUAGUG